AUGAAUGAAUUGGAAGCAUCUAGCAGAGAGCUUUUGGAAGAUGAGAAAGUAAUAGAUACUAUAGUAGAUCUUUUCCAUGGAGACAGAUGUCUUAAGAAAGCCCGUUUAUCAAAAAUAAAUAAUUCCAAUGAUGAUGAUAUUGAUAAAUCAAGCAAUUCAGAAUGUUCUAGUUAUAUAAGAAAUCCCAUUCUUCACGAACUAUUGAGAGGAAGAGAUAAUAAGUCAUCAGAUUUGGAUCGUAGCAUUCCGGAUCACUUAUUAUGGAAAAUAUCUCAAAAAGUGAGUGAAGCUCCAAAUCUUUGGAGAACUUUAUGGGCCAGAAAAUCUUUAUUUGAUAUUAUUAAGGGAAGACCCGAAGAUAUAAAUGUUCAUUUUGAGAAACUUUGUUUUCAUUAUAAGACAAUUCGAGACCAAAGAGUCUGUGUAUCUGUUGAGGAAUAUUCACCCCCUCAUAACUGGUCUUAUUAUAUUUGGUGGCUGAUUGCAAGGAGACCAGAGAUGUUAAGACUUUUACCUAAAUUACCAGGUUAUACUGCAACAUCUAUAGCUUCAAUGGAAUGGAAACUUUUGCCAUCUUUGAGACCAGACAUAUUAAGUGAAUUUAAAUCAAGUAUUGAAGUUUAUAAAGCUUCAAAUCCACUUCCAAAAUCAGAUGAACCUGCUAUGGUCCAACGUGAAUAUAUUCAUAAUGCAAUGAUGAACUUAAGAACAAGCUUAAGUGGAUCAUUUAGUGAAUGGUUAGUACCAUAUUAUAGUGAAAAUGUUGAACUAGCAGAAACUCACCUGGAUAACUUCCAAAAUAAAAUAUUAAAUAAUUAUAAUGCCGUUAUAAAAUCUAAUGAAGCACAAAGUUAUUCAAUAUUUGACUCUUUUCCAACUUCAUUUUGUAGAGAUAUAGAUAGAACUUUUGUGAAGAAGAAAGGGAACUUGAAUAUGGUUUUGACACAUCAAAUACCUCAUUUAAAUACAUCUGAUUGCACUCUACAAAAUCAAGUAUAUAAUAAUGUAUUUGUGGAGGAAUAUAGUAAUGUUUCAUUGUCUAUUGCACCUCCAUCUUGCAAAGUUGAUAUUUAUGUUGGUAUGCAAGUUCAGUUUGUUUUUGAUUUUAUUCAUUUGGAAAAAUCUAAUUCAAUCAUGAAUGAUAAUAAUAUCUCAGGGAUUCAAAAUAAUAUUGAGUAUAUGAAAUUAAGUACAAAUAUAUUAGAGACUGAACAAAGAGAUAUUAAUACGAAUAUAGAUAUACCUAAAGAUAAAUAUGGAUAUAUAUUGGAUAAAGACACUACUUUAGAAACUGAACAAAAUAACAAAACUGUUGAUUAUCCAAAAAAUAGUAAGUUAGCAGAUACAGAAACAAUUGAAUCUUUAGAAACUGAUGUAAUUAAAGUAGCUAAUGAUAAAUUUAAGAAUCAAAUAAAUUUAGUAUGGAUGAACGGAAUAAUUACAGAGUACUCAGAGGUAACUGGUGAAAUUUGCAUUACUUCUAGUGAUCAGAAAUAUCAAAUUAAGACUUUAAUAAAUUGCUUUGUCCCCCCAUCUAUACCAGUUGUAGAUAUUCGUGUUGGAUGGUGGAGAUUCCCCCCAAAUGAAAGUUCAGAUAGGGAUCUUGUUCCGGGUUCAGUUGUUUGUAUUUUAAAAGAGAUAUCUAGUCAAAAAAUGCUCGAUGCAGUGGUUAUUUCUAAAUAUGAUUCAAAUGAAACCUCUGUAAACGUUUAUUUAUUUCAAUCAAAGGAAAUAGCAACUAUAUCCCCUAGUCAAAUUGUAUUCCGUCUAGCUUAUGAUAUCCAUCCUACUAGUGGUAUAUAUAUCUCUGACUCCACUGUAGAUCUCUCUUCAUGGUUUUGGUGCAUACCUAGACCUUUAUCUAGUGAUCACCCAAAAUCUCCAAAAGGAAGAUGGAUUAUAUGGUUAGUUUCAUUUAUGCUUGAUUUAGUAACUAAAGACCCCAUGUUAUGUUAUUGCAUUCAACAAGAUUUAGUUUUUAACAGAGGAUUCUUAUGGGACCCUUUGCCAAUUACAUGCUUUACAGAAGCUACUUUAUCCAAAUAUACUUCAGAAACUGAUGUUAUUUUACAUGAUGUGGAUUCUAUUCUUGAUAUGCCAUUAAAUCUCCUAAUAUGA